AUUUAUUCGAAGAAAAUGGCGGAAAAAAAAUGCGGAUGCAGUGGGAUUCGGAUGUGUCUCAUUUGUGAAGAAAAACGUGGUAAAAUAUACGAUGACCUUGCUAACCAUGCAUUUGAAUCAACUAAUUUGCAUUUUCUACACUUUUGUAUGAAUUCUAAAAAUAUACUAUGUGGUCCUUGGAAGUUUUGCUCUUGUAAAAACGGACGGCUUCACAAUGGAGAUAAUGAUAUGAAUUUUUAUGAGCACACAACGGCAGAUAUAGUAAAUAGUUUAUCUGUAUACAUCGAUGCAGAUGAUAAACAUGAUAAACUCCAACAAUUUCUCAAAACUUGCAACGGAUUACUAGGAUCACAAGACAUAACGGUGAUAGAAAAUUACGUGACCGACGAGGAAGAAUCGUUUAUGAUAAAUGAGAUGUACAAAAUGCCAUGGAAGCUAUCACAAUCAGGGCGACGAAAACAAGAUUUUGGGCCGCAAGUGAAUUUCAAACGCAGAAAGCUGAAAGUUGGAAGUUUCACAGGGUUUCCAUUCUUUUUAAAGGAUGUGGUAUUGAAAAUGAAAACUUUUAAAGAACUUGAUAAUUUUGAUCCUGUGGAAGUUUGCCAUUUAGAAUACAGUUCUGAAAGAGGGUCAGCAAUUGAUCCACAUAUUGAUGACACAUGGUUAUGGGGGGAACGUCUGGUUACUUUGAGCCUUUUGUCAAGUUCAAUCUUAACAUUACAAAAUGAUGAACUUCCAGAAAUUGCCAUCCAGAUUCCGAUGCCUAGAUGCUCAUUGCUGGUUUUACAAGGCCAGGCAAGAAACAAUUGGAAACAUUCUGUGAGGAGAGAAGAUAUUUCAAACAAAAGAAUAGCAGUAACAUUUAGAGAAUUAUCAGAGAAUUUCAGCAAAGGAAGUCAGCAUAUCAUGGGGAAAGAGGUGCUAAAAGUUGCUAAUAAUUUCGAUGGGAAGCCACUUUUUGAGGACAAAGAGUAAUGACACCUUUGAUUAGGAGGAGACAAAUAACCUACCUCUGUUAAUAUGUAUCAGUAAAAAGUUCACCAAGUCAAUUGUAUAUGAAGGAGUUAAAAUUUGUAAUUCUCUGCCAUUGCCAAUUAAAAAGUUAUCAAAUAAUUCAUCUUUCAUCAAAAAACUGAAAAACUAUCAUUUAAAAUUAAUUGACAUACUCAUUUGAACCUGAUUAUGAAAGCCUAUAUUACCACCACGCUCCUCACUAUUUUGUUUUUAGUAUAAAUUAUUUACAUCUCUUAUUAUACUAACCCAAUGAUAUCUUUAUAUUAUUAUAUUUUUAAUGCUCAUUCAAAUUAUUUUCUCUUCUUUAGAUCACUAUUAAAUUUUUCUAAGCCUUUAUUUCCUCACCUAUACACAUCAAAUCAGCAUAUGACCUAGAUAGCUCCUUCAUAGCACCUCCUUUUGAUAGGUCCAACAGCAAGCACAUUAAAUUUUGAACUACCUACUAUAUGUAGUUGUCCUUUUUUGUAAAAAAAUUAUUUUAUUUGCGGUUCAUGUAUUAGAUAUAAAUGUAGUUGUUAAUUAUUGCUAUGAAUGAAAAGUUUGAGUCUGAGUUGAGCUUCAUACCUUGGUUCAGAGCCCUAGCUGCAUGUCCAUCAAGUGCAUCCAAGAAACCACUCAUCAAAUAGAGGAAUCCAGCAACGUAAGGUGAUGUUGGCAUGUAAUAAAAUGAGGCAAAUGCAAGUAUAAUUUUUGCAUACCCUGUAUCAAAAGAAAAAGAUACUUAAAUUGCUUCUUGAGUGAAAGAGAGUUGAAGGACUCUGUAAUCCUAAAUAAGUUUCUGCAGUUGUGCACUUGGGUUAUAAGUUUAGUUAUAAAUACCACUGUAAGCCCUGUGAUAGCCAGCUUAUAAACUCACUCUUAGACCAAAAACUAUAUAUAGCAUGAACAAGUUUCUUCCUAUUUAAAAUUUUUCAAGCUAGAAUAAACUAAUUUUGAUAUAAUAGAAAGGAAGGGAAUUUGAGGCUCCGGGUGAUGGAGUAAAAGAGAUCAUGGUUCUUUUGCCCUUUAGUUAGUGCUGAUAACAAAAAGGUAUGAUAGGCCUCAGGGGGUGGUAGCUUUCCAUGAUUUUGGGGGCGGCAUUAUUUCACAAUCAAAGCGCUGAAAACUCUGAAAAUUGAUGGCGAACAAUAAACCUGUAUAUUAGAUAAAUACAAACUUUGAUAGUAGAUUAUGGUAUGCUAGCGACUUGACAGCGACAUAUAUUAAUUAGUAAAUAUCUAUUGAUAUGGCAACACGGAUGCCAUAGGCACUUUCUGGAUGUCCUAAAUUUUGAGAUGAAGUUACAUUAUCAUCAAUAGGGUUUUGAAAAAAUGAUCCAUCUACU